AUCGUCGGUGACUGAAAAAACCCCCUUUGGUUGAUUCUCAUUACCAAAACAAAAUAAUACACAAAAUUGAUUUUCAUUUCAUUCAUUCAUCUUUCUUUCAGGAGGAAAUUUAGGAGAGAGAAAGAGGAGAGAGAGAGAGAGAAUAUCUCAGAACAACGUCUCCACUGAGAGUAAAGAAUGGAGACGAGCAGCAGCAGAAGCUACCUGAAGAUGGGCACAGCGAUAACAAUGGCGGUAAUCGCAAUCUGCGGCGUGUGUUUGGUGGACGCGGAUUCGAAGGAGAUAAUCGUGAAGACGGUGAACGGGAAGAAGGUGUGCGACCAAGGGUGGGAGUGCAAGGGUUUCUCGGAGUACUGCUGCAACCAGACGAUUUCAGAUCUGUUCCAGACCUACAAUUUCGAGAAUCUGUUCCCGAACAGGAAUUCUCCGGUGGCCCACGCCGUCGAUUUCUGGACUUACAGGUCUUUCAUCACCGCCGCCUCGAUUUACGAGCCGCUUGGAUUUGGUACCACCGGCGGCCCCGAUAUGCAGAUGAAGGAAGUCGCCGCUUUCCUUGGCCACGUCGGCUGCAAAACCUCCUGUGGUUACGGAGUGGCGACGGGUGGACCACUAGCAUGGGGUCUAUGUUUCAACAGAGAAAUGAGUCCGAGCCAAAGUUAUUGUGACGAGUCUUACAAAUCUGAUUAUCCAUGUUCUCCCGGUGCCGAUUAUUAUGGCCGUGGUGCUAUUCCAAUUUUCUGGAACUAUAAUUACGGAAGAUUAGCCGACACACUUAAACUAGAUUUGUUGAACCAUCCGGAAUACGUCGAACAAAACGCGACAAUAGCAUUCCAAGCUGCGAUUUGGUCAUGGAUGACGCCGCUGAAAAAGGGACAGCCUUCAUCGCACGAUGCCUUUGUCGGGAACUGGAAACCGACAAAGAACGAUACAUUGUCCAAUAGGAUACCUGGAUUUGGGAUCACGAUGAACAUUAUGUACGGUGAUUCCGUUUGCGGUCAGGGUAAUAUCGAUGCGAUGAACAACAUCAUAUCUCAUUACCAGUACUAUAUGGAUUUAUUGGGUCUUAAUCGCGAGAAGGCCGGACCCCACGAAGCGCUCACUUGCGGCGAACAGAUCGUUUUCAAUCCUUCUACCAAAUCGUCAUCCUCUUGAAAAUGAAAAGAACUGUGUAAUAAGAGGAGCGCGGUCCUUUGUUGUGCUGUGCUAUACUAUAUACCCUCUUUCUAUAAUUGUGUGAUUAUCAUUUGAAUUUGUUCUUUUGUUACGUGUGAAUUGGUAAUUGUUAUUUAUAGGUAUUGAGAGUUGAUGUGGUUUAUGUUGUUAGUGUAUUAUGGAGUUGUAAUAUUUCAUUCUUGAAUCUACUUUAUAAAGCCGAGGACACACUACAUUUUAUUAAUUUGCUAUUUAUAUUGUUUUGUUCAUU